AUGAUAGCUGAGGAAGCUGGUGGUGUGCGUUCGCUAUGGAAGGGUACGAAUGUAAACAUAUUAAGGAGCAUUGUGGCCAAUUCGGUUGUCCUGACUACCAAUUUCGCUCUCAAGGACAUGCUGAAGGAGAAUAAGGACAACGUUUUCGGGCUGAGUGGAGAAGGCUGGGUG